AUGGAGGAAGUCACUUGCUAUGAAUAUGGAAAGCAAGGACAUAUCAAACCAGAUUAUCCCAAGUACUUAAAGAGGAAGAAGGGAGAUAAAGAAAAGAAAAAGGAUUUGAAGGCCACUUGGAGUGAUGCAUCUUCAUCCUUGAACAAUGAAAGUGAAAGAGAAGAGGAGGCUAAUCUUUACCUCAUUCUUUUGAGAAAUGAAGUUGAAGAGCUUAGAAACUCAAUUUCAAAACUUCACAAAGGGAAAGAGUCCCUUGACACACUAGUUAUGUCUCAACGACCUCCACUUGUGAGACAUGGACUUGGUUUCCAAGGAGCUUUAUCAUCCUCAUCUCAUAAAAUAAUAUUUGUCAAAGCCACUCAACCACAAGCAUUUGAGAAAAACUCAAAUGAAGUUUCAAAUAGCAAUACACAUACUAGACCUCCUAUUCUAAAGAAAGGGAAGGGUACACAUAUUCUAAAGGCUAAGCCAAGAGGAACAAAACAUGCAUUCAGGUGUGUCUUAAAUCCACAAGCACAAAUCUUUGGCAUUUUGAUAAUGGAUGUUCAAGGAAUAAUGACGGGUGAUAAGAGCCUCUUUGUGAAUGUUAAGGACUAUAAAGGAGGCAAAGCAUCUUUUGGAAAUGAUGCCAAGGAUAACGUAAUUGACAUCGGCUCUAUUGGUAAGAUGGAUAACCUUGGAAAAUUUGAUGCGAAAACUGACAUAGGAAUCUUCUUAGGCUAUUCCACCUCAAGCAAAGCUUAUAGAGUCUUUAAUAAAUGUACUUUAGUAGUUGAAGAGUCUAUGAAUGUAGUUUUUAAUGGAUCAAACAAGCUUGAUUAUAGGAAAGGUGUUUUUGUGAAUGGUCUUGUAGGUGCAUCUGAGGAACUCAAAGUGAAUGUUGAUGACCCCUCGUAA